AUGCAAUAUGGAAUUGACACGGCUGCCGUUGGUGGACUUCAAGCUAUGCCGGGCUUCUUGAUGGUCUUUGGUUUUGAGGACCCCACCAGCCCUUUCGGCUAUGGAAUUGAUUCGACCGUGCAGCAGCUCAUGACCUCUUUGAUGAACCUGGGUAGUUUUAUCUCUGCUAUCUCAGCUGGCUACUUCUCAGGAUUUUUCGGAAGGAAAACCGGCCUUUGGCUUGCUUGUGCUCUAAACGCUGUCGCAGUAGCGGUUCAGCUAGGAUCGACGUCUACCAGCGCCCUUUACGUCGGACGUCUGAUCCUUGGUCUUGCGAAUGGUUAUCUCACCACAUUCUCGACUGUGUAUGCCACUGAAGCUGCUCCUGCUCAUCUAAGAGGUGUGCUUGUCGCCCUCUUCGCUUACUACGUCAACUUCGGCUCCAUUAUCGGCUCGCUGAUCGACAACUACACUAAGCACUACUUGGACAAGCGGAGUUAUCGCAUUCCGCUUGCUUGCCUCUACAUUGUACCUACGCUGCUUACAAUCGGUCUUUUCUUUGUACCCGAAAGUCCUCGCUGGUUGCUGCAUCGUGGGCAGAAUGAGAAGGCUCGUGAGUCACUGAUGAGGCUGCGACAAGAUCAUGGCGAGGAGCUCGAACUCGAAUGGUCCGAGAUGCUCCGUGGGGUGGAGGAAGAGCAACGUAUCGCCAAGUCAACACCCUUCAUGGACAUGUUCCGCGGCAACGACCUUCGCCGAACGCUGCUGUCUUACGGUAUGAUGGCGUCUCAGACAGCAUCGGGUGUCUGGUUCUUCAUCGGGUACCAGACCUAUUUCUUCAGCAUUGCUGGAAUCACCAACGCUUUCGAGUACUCCAUCAUGAAUGCUUGCAUCGGUUGGAUUGGUGUUCAUUGCGGUAUCUACGCCAUGAAGCGCUGGGUCGGCCGACGAUCUCUCAUCAUCUUUGGCGCUCUAACCUGCGGUUUCUGUGAGCUCGCUUGCGGUAUCGCUGCGAGUGUCAGCCCCAACUCAAUCGUUACCGGUAACGUACUAGUGGCAUUCACAGCACUCUUCAUGUUUUUCUACGAUGCGUGUGUGGGUGUUGCUGCAUACCCGCUCGCCAACGAACUCGUAAGCUCGCGACUCCGUGCUUGGACGGUAGGAAGCGGUAACGCUCUGGGCUACUUCCUUGCUUGGUUGGUGGGCUUCUGCUCACCAUACUUCAUCAACCCUCAGGAUCUCAACUGGGGACCAAAGUACACCUACGUCUGGGCAGCAUCCAACUUCCUAUGCGUCAUCUUCUUCUACUUCUGCAUCCCAGAGCCAAAGGGUCGAUCCCUCGAGGAGUUGGAUGAGAUUUUUGAGGCUAAGAUCUCAGCGCGCAAAUUCCCCCAGUACCAGUGCCGGAUCGUCGAGGAUGCCAGGCAAGACGUAUACGCGAACCGCGAAGAGCAAAUCACCAAGCAGGAGACAGAGGCUUAG